AUGGAGAAUUGGGAUCCGAUCAACAUACCCGGGGAGCUAGGCGGCACGGCACGGUCGAAGACGGAUUGGUGGGACGGCACGUCGUUGAUCACUAACACGGAGUCAUGUUCCGAGGAGACAGUACCCGAGGAGACAGUACCCGAGGAGACAGUACCCGAGGAGACAGUACCCGAGGAGACAGUACCCGAGGAGACAGUACCCGAGGAGACAGUACCCGAGGAGACAGUACCCGAGGAGACAGUACCCGAGGAGGCAUACCCCGAAGAGACAGUACCCGAGGAGGCAUACCCCGAAGAGACAGUUCUCGGGGAAACAGUACCCGAGAAGACAGUAUCCAAUGUUGUUGCUCCCGGCCUUAUGCGUCGUGUAUGGCGCAACAGUUUGUAA